UAUUCUCUCUCUACUAUCUGAUCCUAUAAUGUACAUCAGUAGUGUAGCAUUAGUUUGUCAUUAGUUUUUCAUAAUGAAAAACAGUAAAGGAAUAAUACACUGGACUGGUCCCGGGAAGGAGGUUGCUUUGAAAACAGAAGCCAUGGCAGAACUCCAGAGAACUACCAAGGACCUUUAGGGGGUUUGGAGGACAAACUAGAUGGAGUAUUAACCAACCUGUUGUGUUGUAUCAUCCCACAACUGACUGAACGGACAGAGAAUGUUGUAACAGAAGUACACAGCUGACAUCAAACAUCUGGGUCUCAAUUAUUUUCUUCAGUCUAAAUUUAUUAUCAAUUCCAUUCCUCUAUUUUCCUCUCUCUUUGUAUUAAUCAACUGGAACGCUGCAUGCAUGUUUGAUUAUUUGAAAUGCUAACUAUAAAGUAGUAGUAAUGUCACUAAAGGACCCUGAGUUUUUCUUGAGAAUCCAAACUAACCAGGAAAAACUCUGGGCCAUAGCAAUAAGCGCCAUUCAUAAUCUGUUCUCCUGUACAGGAUGGAUGAGGAGGAGGAAGCCCCAGUUCCUGAUGCCCCAGACGUUCCUGCCCCAGAGGCCCUAGCAGAGGCCCCUGUAGAUCCCCCGGUAGAGGGCGGUGUGGAGGCCGGAGGAGUUCAGCCAUCCAGAGACAGCCGUAAACUGGACUGUAUCAUCUGCUACUGUGCCUUCAACCUGACUGAGAGGCUGCCACGCAAGCUCUACUGCGGCCACACCUUCUGCCAGGCCUGCCUGAGACGCCUCGACACCAUCCUCAAUGAGCAGCAGAUGUGGAUCCCCUGUCCACAGUGUCGGCAGAACACCCCUCUCCCACGCGGGGGUGCUACAGCCCUGGACCUGGACCUAGCAGCCUUCCUGGGGGUCAAGGCCGAGAUGGAAAACCAGAGGUCCAGCCCCCGGCAGGGAGGAAGAGAACUAGGCACCCAGCUCGAGCACAAGCCCUCUUUUGGGAAGCAUUCCAUCAUAGAGCAGCCUCAGGCCACCUGGAAUCAUGGAGGACUGGCUGAGCCUCGCUUUCACAGGAGUCCCUGCUGCAGGCGCUUCUUCUGCUGCUGGUGGUGCUGCUAAGUCAUGUAUGAAUGACAGGAGUUGAUUAAAGCAUCUGGCCAAGAGUUUUCCCCAUUACAGUACCUCCUGCAGCUGAUUAUAGGGACGCCUGGGCUUCCAAGGCUACAAAGUGGAAAACCCUAGGGCCUGACUGCCUGACCUAGAAAAACUCCAGGCCUUAUUUGGUCAGGAGACAAAGUUGUGUGGGGGACAACAUUGUGUCGGUAUCGUUUUACAAAGACACACUGUCUGUGUAUGAUUUGUUUUGAAGACUCAUAGGAGAAAGAACGUUUCAGCCCUCAAAAUGGGAUGCUUGAUAAGGACCUCCAUUUUGAGCUUGCCUACAACCCAAAGAAUCCUCGGCUGCCUCCUUUCAAAUAAGCAACUGGACAUAUGGCCUAUUGGUACCUUGUGGAACAGUCAACUGUUGAAAGUAUCAUUAUAUGCACACCUUUUUGAGUUAUAGUAUCAUUUCUAAGUGUGUUUAAUGUAUGUAUGUAACCAUUUUGUCAUGUGGAAGUGUAAAAUAAUGAAAGAUAUUAUGGAGUUUGUUUUUAUUAAAAACCAAAACAAAUGGCAAUUGGAUCAACUUCUGACCCCAAAUGACUCAUUGUGUUUAAAAAUCACCUAAAACAAUGUUAUAAAAAAAAAAAAAAAGAAUCUGGGAGAAAGGA